AUGGGCCAGGCCAACUCUCGCAGGACCGGCGCCCCUCCGUCUGUAUCGCUUCCCCACCCCGCAACACCCACCUCCUCUUCCGACUACGACUCUAGUCAAGCUACCCCGAGAGAUAGCGCAGGAUGCACAACGCCCUCGGCAUCACCAUCCACGAAGACAAUAGACCACUCUUCGCUUCGGCGAGGCGUCCGCAGCUUCCUCCGCCCACGUACCCAGUCUGACAGUACUUCCCCAUCCUCCUCCCACCAGAUCCCCUCCUUCCGCAAGCGAUGGCGCUCGUCCCGGCGAUUCUCCAAAGCACAAGCUUCCUUGCCUAACCUCUCGGAGGCGCUCCAUGAUUCCGACAGGCCUCCUGCUGCCCCCGCAGUCGACGCCCAGCUCCUGGCUGUAGAGGAACAGCCAGUCCAGAUUGAGCCAUCGUCCAGUACGCCCUUCCCAUCCGUUCUGCCCGUAACAUCCCGCCCUGCGGUAUCACUCCCGUCGCGGUCGUACUUCGUGCCACCUUCGGAAUCGCACGCCGAGUCUGCGUCCGUAGACGAGCACGGUGUCAUCCAGGAGCACGUUACUCGGACCGUCGCCGAGCAACCAUCGCGGUCCACGCUCUCCACCAACAAGCACGACGCCUCGCCUCAGUUCCAGGAACACCCCGAGCGCGCCCAGGAGAUCGAGCGCGAGAUCAACGACUUCCUGCUCGAGCGUCCCCGGCAAGAUAGCCUCUUUGUCGAGGGCAGCUCGCAGGACGGUCAGAUAUCGGAGGCCCCCGAACCGUCUCCUGCAUACGCCUCAUCUGCUCUCCCCGAGACGGAGGGCGCACCCGACGCCGCCGUGGCGCAGGCCCCACGCCACUUCCCGCCCCCAGGGACGCUCGUAGUUGUGCAAGGCGUUGUGAACACGAGCGACAACCCUGCGAGCACGCAACCGUCCCAGCCCUCGCGUUCGUCCAGGCCGGCCUCUGCGGUGAAUCCGGCGCCGCCCCCGGCCGUGCCGGCACGACGAUCGUCGUCCGUGCCCCGAGCGAGUGGGCAGCCGGAGGAACGCCAGACGGCGCGGAGCAGGCUGUCUGCCUUCCUGCCUAGAACCGCGAGCAUGCGCCGGCGGCGAUCGUCCACGUCAGAUCCCAGUGUGGGGGCGCCGCUGCACUCGCAGUCGACCUCGGACGUCUCGAGCUCUGCGCUCGGAAGCUCGGCGUCGGAUGAUUAUUUGACGGAUGCGUCUGAGCCGCUGGCGUCCGCGGCUGUAGAGCCGGGAGCUGGGGAGGAUAACGGCGACCCCCGCUCGCGGCCGCUGUCGCCUGGCAGCAUCGAUGUCCUGGGAACCCUCUUGAGUGUUGCGGCUGCUGCAACUGCCGCUUCUCUGUUCUCCCCGAGUCUUGGUUUCCAGGCGAACUCAGACCCCAAUGCUCCCGCCCAACCUGGAUCUGCCAUCCCUCGCCCCAUGUCGCCCACCCCCACCGCAGGCCUUGGCGGCGGCCCGGCGUUCGGGCUGGACAUCGGUGCUGACUCCUCUGCCCCUCCUCCCCCGACGUUCUCCGCUGCACCUCAGCAGCGCGAAGGCCGGGAGCGGAUACGCAACGUCUGGGAGAGCUUCCGGGAACGUCUAGGACUGAAUCGCGGCACUGCGACCCAAGCAGGCGGCGGCGGUUCCACGAAUACGGAGGAACCCAGCAAUAUGCGGCCAGGCGAGAUCAUGCUCGCGGAAAUGGCGAGGGCGCUCAAUGUCGGCCUGGGCCUUACCGGAGACGGCUCGAGUGCGGGCGCGACUGCUACUGAGCCGCCCGCAGAGCCUGCUGAGGCUACCCAGGCCGAUGGUGCUCCGCCAGCGGAGGCCGUUCCUACUGUGAGACCGCCGCCGCCAGAGGACAGCUUCGAGCGGUUCUUGCUGGACCUUCAGGCCGAUCUCCGUAUUGCUCUUUCACAGAGUGGCACGGGGGAUGCUGCUGCUGCUCCGGCGACUGAAGGACAAGACGUGAAUGCCGGCAACGACGAAGCACCCGCGACUGAGGCUGCUUCGGAUAGCCCAGAGCUUUCGCACGACGAAGCUCGCCCGCAAUCUCCGUCUGCCGCGACGGUCGAUGAUGGCGCCGAUAACGACGACGACGAGCUGCCGCCGCUCGACGACGUGUCCGACUCGGAGGUCGAGGACUACGACGUCGACGACGAGCACACGUCGUCGACGCGCAUCGCGACGCCCAUGCCCCCGGCGAGCCGCAGCCGCGAUCUGCCCAAUCGCAGCGAUCAGGCGUCCCCUGCUUCGAACGGGCGUGCGGACGCGCAAAUGCCAGCGGACGCGCGCGGGGAAGCGGAGCGCAGGCCCCCAGGCAUCCAUUUGUGGCGGCUGUACCGCUUCCGCCCGAUCCAUGCGACGCAAAUUGCGGGGCACGCCGCAUCCACGACUCCUCCUACUGCACCUGGGUUCCCACAGCCCACAGCCUCGUCCCCCUCCGUGCAUGCGGAGGGGCCGUCGCCUCCUCUGGCAGCAUCUGCAUCGGCGGCAUCCUCGCCAUCGCCCCCAUCGCUAGGGCCCUCGAGAGACGGUGCGGACCUGUCGUCGUCCGCGCCCCCCGCGACCGACCCGAACGCUAACAUGGUAGUGCCCGUGAUCGUCGUCGGGCUGCAAUCUGUCGAAAUGGGACAAGUACACGGACAUGCGCAUCCCGCCCCUGGCUCCGGCCACGGCCGCCAACAACACCCACACGCACACACGCACGCGCAGGAGCACGAGGGCUCGCUGGGGCCCGAGGCGGACGAAUGGAUGCAGCAGGGCGCGGGAACAGGGGAGACGGGGGGCGACGCGACGCCGCGCGGGCGGAGCUGGCAGUCGCGCGCGGCGACGGCGUUGCGCAAUCUGAGGCCGGGGAGGAGGACGGCGCAGGGUGGGCAGCAGGCGGCGGAGGGGACUGGGUCGCGGACGUUCCUGAUCUACGUCAUUGGAGGUUACUAUCCCCCGAACCAUCAUAUGGUCACGGGCCCGGACAACCUCGAUUCGUAUGAGGCGCUAUGGGAGCUUGCCGAGCUGCUUGGCCAAGUCAAGCCGCAGGUCGCCACCAGGGAAGAUAUCGAUAAAUCUGACCUGCAGAUUGUGAAGUAUAGCGAGCUCGAGCAGUACGAGCGCGAGGGCAGGGUUUCGUCAAAUUGCGUCGAACGCUGCUUGAUAUGUCUGGACGAUUACCAACCCGAAGACGAUGUGCGCCUGAUGCACUGUCGGCACGCGUUCCACCAGGAGUGUGUCGACAAGUGGAUGCAGGUGGGACGGAAUAAUUGUCCAGCGUGUCGGACAAAGGGCGUCUCGACUGCCGACGAGCUCGUGCCCUAAGACCAUCAUGUCACCUUUGUACAAAACGCCCCGAACCCCCUCGCAUAUACGGACAAUCUCCUCGCACCCUUUCGCACCGCACUAACACCCGCUUGUUCUCUGUCGCCCCAUCCCCUCUCAUUACCUGCGUCUUUUGCUGUUGUCGCAUCGUUGUCUCUCUUCAUAUGUAGCACUCACGUUGGCCCCUCUGCAUGCCGUCCCAUGGUCGUCGCUCUCCGCCCCCCGAUCCCUUACUCUCUGACUUGGCUCCCUUUGACUGGAAAUGCUGUCGCUUUCCGCCUCCCGUGUACAUUAUCCCAGGAUAGAAAUAUGCAUAGG